UAUCUGCUAUAAAAGUUUAUUUUUUUUACUAUAAUGUUUUUACUUUUAAAAAAGUUUCUUUUUUUAGUUUUUUUAGUUUUUAUUGGAAAUAUGAUUGCAUCGAUAGUAAUUGUUCGCCAGAAAGCUACAGACUAUUUAAUAAAUCAUCUUAGACUUGUAAAGUUUGUAGAAAAAACUCCAUUGAGCUUAUGUUGUCAUGUCUGCAAGAAAAUUUUGAUUCGUCCUGUUCAAUGGGAUUGUGGCCAUAGAAGCUGCGAGUCAUGUUUUAGUAGCGGUAUUUAUUGUGAAGAAGAUAAUGACACUGUUUUAUCUUGCUUUCCUGAUAAUCAAGCAUUAAAAGAGAUAUUAAAUUUAUCAUGUUACUGUUUAUAUAAAAACGAUGGUUGUUAUUGGAAUGGUUUUUGUCAUGAGUUAGAAGAACACUUAAAGAUAUGUUCAUUUAUUGAAACCUUAGAAUGUCCUUACAAAGUAAUAAGUUGCAAAAUUAUUGGUACACAAAAAAUAAUAUCAAACCAUCAAGUCCAAGAACUUGUUUACCAUUCAGCUUUGUUAUCUGUUUUCUUUAAAUCAGAAUGUGAAAGUUUAAUUUUGUUAAAAAGUAAGAUUUCAGAUUUAAAAGAAUAUGAAUACUUGCAUUCUUAUAAAUAUGAUGAUGAUUACAAUGUUGAUAAACUUAGUUCAGAAAUCAAUGCUUUAAGUAAAAAGAAAAAUAGCUUAAAAAAAUUUCAAAGUUUUGUUGGUGAUAUAGAUCGAAUUGAACAGCAAAUAAAAUAUUUAGUGAGUUAUUUUAAUAAAAAAUGUUUUACCGAAAAUCUUCAUGAUGUCGAAAAUAGAGUAGCGAGAGCAGAGAAAGAAAAUGAAUUGAUUAAAACCAGAUUAAAUGAUAUUAGAUACAAAAUUUUGCUGAUUAAUUCAGUAACGAACGAUGGGUCUUAUUUAUGGAAAAUUGAUAACUUUUCAAAAAAAUUAGAAGAUGCUUUAGCUGGACGAACGAUUGAACUUUUCUCUCCUCCCUUAAUGACUGAUCCUUCAGGCUACAGGUUUUGUGCUAUAGUUAUGUUGGCAGGAGACUUGAAGUUUAAUAAAUGCAGCCAAAAUUUUAUAUCAGUAUAUAUUUCUAUUCUACCUAGUCCUUUUGAUGAAGUGUUAAAAUUUCCAUUUCCAUAUGAUAUUGACAUUUCCCUUGUUAGUGUUAUAAAAGGCAAUCAAAAUCAUUCAAAGAAACUAAAACCUAGUGGACAUAUAUCAUUUCAAAAGCCUUACCUGCCAAUGAAUCAACCAGUAGGCUUUAGUAUGUUUUGCAGUCAUGAUAAUCUCUAUUCAGGUGGUUAUAUAAAAGAUGAUGCUAUUUUUAUAAAGUUCAAUGUUUUGAAAUAACAACAAUACCAAUUGUUGUUGUAGCGCAUAUAUAUUCUAUAUAAGCUCAAACAACAAUUGGUAUUUUUGUUUCUUCUCAGCCUUAACUUGAUUUAAUAGCAUAAAUUAUUUUAUUCAAAAUUUUGGCAAUGGUUGGCGUUGACAUUUACUAAGUGUUUGUGUUUACUGUGUUGCUGUAAACAAGAAAUGAUGCAGUUAGCAAAGAAAGCCGUAGAGCUUAGCCAUAAAAAUAUUUCUUGAUGUUUGUUUUCUCUGGAUUUUAUGGGACAUUUGCGAUCAGUCAUUAUAUCUGGAAAGAAUGUCCCAAAAAAAACGUUUUUUAUGAAGUUUUCAAUAUCUUUGAUUAAAAUUAAUGCAAAAAUAUGCUAUCUUAACAACAUGAUUGCUAGACUCUCUCCAAAUGCAAAAAAAUUAACAGAGGAAAAAAGUCGAGACAUGCUAAAAUACUAUAUUAUUAAGGUUAUUGGUGAAAUAAAAUGUU